AAAACAUCGUUUUAAUAAAUAAAUAUAAAUAUAUAGUUAUAAAUUAAAUUAACUUGCAAUAAUAAAUUUACUUAUAGUAGUGAUUAAGUGUGAUCAGUGUGUGCAAUAAUUGAAUAUCUUAUAAAUAAUAAAAUCAAUUCGUCUUUUACCAUGACAACUACUGCGCCCCAAAAUGGCAGCUGGAAAGAAUUCAACAAAACCAGAAAAGAAGAACGUAAAAAGCGCACAGAAGAAAAGCUCGCCAAAAAGUUAAAGCUUGAACAAGAAGCCCUUCAAAAGCCCCCAGAACCCGAAUUAGAACCCCUGCAACCCGUGUCCACGUUAGCCAUUGCAGUACCAGGUUCGAUCUUGGAAAAUGCUCAAUCUCCUGAACUCAGGACAUACUUGGCCGGACAGAUUGCAAGGGCAGCUUGCGUCUUUCAAGUUGAUGAAGUGGUUGUUUUCGAUGAUUGUCCUGAUGCUGUUAAUGCCAAAAAGAGUAAAUUGGAAGAUGAGGAAGGUGUUAAGACUGCUAGACAGUCUUGUGUUCAACUUGCAAGGAUUUUGCAGUAUUUGGAAUGUCCGCAGUAUUUGAGAAAGCAUUUUUUUCCUAUACAUAGUGAUUUGAAAUUUGCGGGAGUUUUGAAUCCUUUGGAUGCACCACAUCAUUUGAGGCAGAAGAAUGAUUUUAUAUUUAGGGAGGGUGUAGUAACAAACAAGCCCACAAAAGUUGGAAAAGGUUCCAUCGUCAAUGUGGGACUUCUCAACGACGUGACUGUCGAUAAAACUCUUACUGCCGGUCUAAGAGUUACUGUGAAAUUAAAUUCGUGUAAUACUGAAAACGAGAAAAAAAUGAAGGGCCUCAUUGUGUCCCCGAGCAGACCUAGGGCUGAAACAGGAGUGUAUUGGGGGUACACUGUUAGGAUUGCAAAUAGUUUAAGCGAAGUCUUCACACAGUCACCUUACAAGAAGGGGUACGAUUUACUAAUAGGAACCUCAGACAAAGGCGACUCUAUUCUAGAAAAACAAAAAGAAUCUCUAUCUUACGAUCAUGCUAUUAUAGUCUUCGGGGGCCUCCUGGGUUUAGAAACAGCUCUAGAAAGCGAUGACAAUCUAACAGCCGACGACCCAAGUUUGUUGUUCGACGAAUAUUUAAACACGAUCCCUAAUCAGGGUUCGAGGACCAUUCGUACUGAAGAAGCUAUCUUGAUCAGUUUAGCAGUCCUUCAGGAUAAAAUGAAACCCAAACACAAAUGUAAGGAAUUUGUCCAGAAUGCAGACAUUGCACAGAGCACCGAUACAGGUGUUAAACAAGUUGUAAAGGAUAUUGAUAUGAGUAAAUUUGAUUAG